ACGUGCUCGCCGUAAAAAAAAGCCGCUCUUUCCCUCUCUCCCUCUCUCUUCUUUUAACACUAUUAAUUUGAUUUCCUAAAAUAAUUUACUAGGGUUUUCAGAAUCUCCGGAAUUUGCUCUUUCCGUCAUUUCUGAGAGAGAAAAAUUAAGAUUGGAUUUUCCGCCAUUUUUUGGGAUUGGGAUUGGGAAAAUCGGGGUUUCGCUUUGAUUGGAUGAUGCAGUUGAUGAGAUCGGGAAAUCUUAGGCCGGAGUCCGAAAGGACGGCGUGCGGGGAUAAGCUGCCGGUGAAAUUGGAGAUCGUCGAGGACUCUUUAGAGGAAGAACAUGGCCCUCUUAAUAAACGAUCCAAACCUUCUUCAAAUGUUCAACAGUCGAACUCCGAUGCCAAUCCUUUCCCUAUCCCGCCAUCGCAAUACAAUCCGUUGGAUGAGCCGAGCCCACUUGGUUUGAGGCUACGGAAGAGUCCUUCACUUUUGGAUUUGAUCCAAAUGCGCCUCUCUCAAUCCCAAAGCAGUGGCUCAGCUGUCCAAGCCGAAAACUUGAGCUCUGAAGUCAAAAAGGAGGCUAAAGCUGCUGCGUCUGCUGAUAAGCUUAAAGCCUCAAAUUUUCCAGCUUCCAUUCUUCGAAUCGGCCAUUGGGAGUAUAAGUCGAGGUAUGAAGGUGAUUUAGUGGCCAAGUGUUAUUUUGCAAAGCAUAAGCUUGUUUGGGAGGUAUUGGACGGUGGGCUUAAGAGUAAGAUAGAAAUACAGUGGUCAGAUAUUAUGGCUCUGAAGGCAAAUUGUCCUGAUAAUGGACCGGGGACUUUGAAUGUUGUGCUGGCUAGACAGCCCCUUUUCUUCCGAGAGACUAAUCCGCAGCCUAGAAAACACACCUUGUGGCAGGCAACUUCAGAUUUUACUGAUGGUCAAGCUAGCAUCAAUAGGCAACAUUUUCUACAGUGUCCCCAAGAAUCGUUAAACAAACAUUUUGAAAAACUCAUCCAGUGUGACAUGCGUCUGAACUGUUUAAGCAGACAGCCAGAGAUAAUUUUGGAUUCACCAUACUUUGAAUCACGGACUUCGGUGUUUGAGGAUUGUGAUGAACCGAAAGGGCAUGAUUUUGGCCAGGGUGAGACUGGUAAAAGGUCCACUAGUUCUGUCUUCCAGAAUAUAGCAUCACCAGCUGCAGCUCAGUCUUCGUCCUUGGAGAUUGAGAAAGGGGAUUCUGCUGGUAUAACCUCAGAAAAUAUGUCCAGGGAAGCUCUGUCCCCCAGUUCAGUUUCUAAUUUUACAUUAGUGAUGGACUCUCAUGCCAUUGAAGGAAGUGGAGUUUGUGAAGCUGUGGAUUCAAAGGGGCCAAGGAAUUGGGACCAGAUAAAAGUGCCUGGACUUCACCCAUCUAUGUCCAUGAGUGAUCUUAUGAACCAUAUCGGACACCGUCUUUCGGAACAGAUGACCUCUGAAAAUCCAUCCUCUGAACAUAGACCGGACUGCCAGGAAAAGCUGGAGGAGAUUGCACAGUACCUUCUCAGUGACACUCAAUUUACAACAACUUCUGAUGAGAAAUCCCUCAUGUCAAGGGUCAAUUCUCUCUGCUGUCUUUUGCAAAAGGACACUACAACAGGCACAAACUCACAGGCAAAUGGAGAAAAUUACGAUGGACCUGACAAUGGAAAAGAUGUUCAGCUAAGCAAAACUCAUGAGUCUGAGUUUAAUAUUACAGCUAAGAGUUUAGAAGGGGAUACAAAGGAAGUCUCUAGUAGCAAGCAGGCUCCAGGCAUGUCAAGAAAAGACUCAUUUGGCGAGUUGCUACUUCAUCUUCCCCGAAUUACAUCUCUCCCCAAGUUCUUGUUUAACAUUUCAGAAGAUGAUGGAGAGAGUCAAGCUAGAUAAGAUAGUUUUAUUGUUUAUCAACUGUUUAAAAAUGAUAAAAUAUCAAGUGACUUUCCCAAUCUCCCAUGUUAGCUGGCAAUCUGAUGGUUGUCUAUCAUAUCAGGUGGGAUGAUUGGACGAUGGGAUUUAUGAGGAUUUGGAAAAUGCUUUUGAUGAAGAAUUCUAGUAAAGCCCAUGUAAAAUUCUUAGGUGUUUUAGCAAAAUUAUUUGAUGUAAUAUCUCAAGCAGAUUGUUGGUUCUAUUUUAUUUUGAAAGUAAAAUUGUAAUUGAUCUGUGCAAGUUCUCUGUUCUUAUCAUACACAGUGCAAAUUUAUCAAAUUGCUUUUAGCGCUUGGUCGUAAGGUGGAUAUUUUUAACAUGAAGG